GCCCUGAUCUAGUAAUUUGGUAAUCGCCUAAUCCUUCAUUCCUUCUCCAGUUCUCCAGAAUCUCAGCUUCAGCGCUUCUCGUCUUCUACAAAUCCCCUCCAAUCUCCACGACUGACAACUCCGGUCCGGCGAUCACGCCCGCCGACUCCCUCCGGCCUCCACCCUCGGCAAAACUCCGAUCAGGCGGUCACGCCCUCCGGCUUCUGCUUGUCUGCUUCUCCGUCCUCUGACGCCAACGCCCUCGCUCUUGUCCAGAAGUCUCAAAUACAUCGACACGCUUUUCCCUGGAAGUUCGAAUUAAAUUCGAAGGGAGAAGAGACUGAGAGACGAAGAAAGAGCUGCGAUCAUUGAAGAUUUGAACUCUCGUCUCCAUCCGCGUGUCGCCACAUCACAAUUCGAUUCACCCAAGUUUCCUGAUUAUUCUGCAAAAAUGUUCAAAUUCUGGGGUUCUCAAGAGCAACAAGCUCCGUCACAUCCACAGGAAAUACCUACAGAGUCAUGGUAUCCAUCAUCUGUGGUCAGCUCUCCUAGUUCUUCCCGCCCCACAACACCUAGUCCGAGCUCCUCUGGAAGCUUCAGUGUAUCAAGGCCUUCUGACAGACAGAAUUCUGCAUCACACGUAUCUCCUGCAGAGGCUGCUGGUAUUAUAGCUGUGUUAAAAGAUAAGAGUGUUGAGGAGCUUAGGAAGCUUUACUCUGACAAGGAUGCUUAUCACAACUUUCUACUUUCACUUGAGGCUGUCAAAACUCAAAAUAAUGUAAGGGAUGAGCUUCGUAAUGAAACUAUGCAGCUUGCUAGGGAAAAUCUAGAAAAAGAACCAAGGAUCAUGGAGCUUAGAAAUCAGUGCAGAAUAAUUCGAACAACUGAAUUAGCUGCUGCUCAGGAAAAGCUGCAUGAACUUGAAAGGAGAAAAGGGGAGCUCCUGAAGUUCUACUCUCCUGCAUCCCUUCUUCGUCGACUUCAUGAGGCAACUAAUAAAACAGAGGAGGAAUCUGAUGCCCUACACAGGCAGCUUCUUGAUCAAGAAAUUGAUCUCUCUGCAUUUGUGCAGAAGUACAAGAAAUUGCGCCAGACCUACCACAAACAAGCACUUACUCAUCUUGCAGCUAAGACAUCCAUAACUGGCUAAAAAUUACUACUGAAUGGACUGGCGGGGGGCAUUAAGUUACUACUCAUUUUACUGUCUUACUCCAUUUGUAUACUACUAAUGUUUUGGAUGUUUUUACUGCCGGAGCUAUGACUCUCAUGUCCAUCUUGUCUUAAACUGCCAUUGGUGAUGGAUACUUUUUCAUUAUGGGGUGAAAUAAAUCCUAGUUAUCUCCUCUUUCUUCUUG